UCACUGAACCUUAACAAAGACAUGCUAGCUAGCUCGUUUCGUGCCAAAAGUCGGAGCAAACCAAUCCAAGAGCAACCAUGAGAGCAGCAGCUGAUCGUGCUGCCAGCAUCAUCCAUCGAAUCCUCCUCUCUCUCGUCCUCCUCGCCGCCCUCUGCGAGUCCGACCCCGACCUCCUCUUCGACUACUGCGUCGCCGACCCGGCGGCGGCCGCGUGGUUCCACCUCAACGGCCUGCCCUGCAUCGACCCGGCGGCGGCGCGCGCGGAGCACUUCGCCACGUCGGCGCUCUCCCGCGCGACGAACCCGUCCGCCACGCUGUUCGGGUUUAACGUGACGGUGACGAGCCCCGCCGCGUCCCUCCCCGGCGCGAACGCGCAGGGGCUCGCCAUGGCGCGCAUCGACCUGGCCCCGGGCGGCGUGGUGCCGCCGCACUCCCACCCGCGCGCGUCGGAGGUGGCGCUGGUGCUCGCCGGCAGCGUCCUCGUCGGGUUCGCGGACACGUCGUACCGGCUGUACACGCAGCUGCUGCGCGCCGGAGAGGCGUUCGUGUUCCCGAGGGCGAUGGUGCACUUCCUGUACAACAUGGACGUGGCGGCGCCGGCCGUGGUGCUGUCGGGGCUCAACAGCCAGAGCCCCGGCGCGCAGCUCGUGCCGCUCUCGGCGUUCCGGACGGAGCCCCAGAUGCCGGAGGAGAUCCUCAAGAUGGCCUUCAAGAUCAACGGCCAGGACGUGCACAGGAUCCAAAGAAACCUAGGCGGAUAGUAGUCAUCAUAGAGACGAAAGAAAUUCACCUCUGCUUUCUCAGAUUUUGCAUAAUAUCUUUGGAUUAACAAUAAUAAAGUUUAAACAUGGGACACCCAGGAAAAAAACAAAAAGGGCCGAAACUAAAAGCUUGGGCUUCUUUUCAUGUCCAUGGCCCAGUAAAUACUGUGGAGAGAAAUACGAAGAGUGACACACGAAUCAUGUUCAUGUCACGC